AUGUCACGUACAUAUUUUGCUGGUUUUAUCCUAACAGUUGUCGCUCUUGUUGAAGGACAAACAAUUGAUGAUGUAACGCUGUUACACAAUAAAUUGUUGUCUGGCUACAACAAAUACGUCAGACCAUCUACUGACCAAUUCAAACAUGUCGACGUUAACUUCACGUUUGAUCUCGUGUCAAUAAGAGACCUCGACGAGAUCAUGGAAAAACUAUCGAUCGUUGGAAUACUAUGGAUGUUCUGGGAAGAACCAAGAAUGAACUGGAAUCCCAUAGACUACAACAACACUUUCAUGACAAGAAUUUCUAUGCAGGAAGUUUGGAAACCAGAUAUGGUAAUAGCCCACCCCAUUGGCUCUACAAAGGCGGUUGGUUCCGAUCACAGCUGGUAUUCGGUAAGAUAUCAGUACAAUGGGAUGGCCGUAUGGGCACCAAGUGAUGUGAUGACAACAACGUGUAACAUAGACGUAACGUAUUACCCUUUCGAUAAACAAAAAUGUGAGAUAAGUUUCAUUCCUUGGGGAUCUGUCAUUACAGAAAUGAACCUGCACGUUGUUCAAAGAGAGGUUUCUAGAAAAUACUUUACUGAAAAUGGGGAAUGGGCUCUUGAGAAGGCAACAACAACCACCGGACUACAUGAGGGGAUAUAUCCGACAUACAUUGUUGAGCUCGAGUUGACAAGGAGACCAACUUUUGUUAUCGUCAAUGUUAUUUUACCAAUUCUCUUUAUGGGACUCUUAAAUGUGCUUGUUUUCUUCUUACCAACAAAGUCCGGAGAGCGUGUUUCGUUCGCCAUGACAGUUUUGCUUGCAAUUGCCGUAUUCCUUACACUUGUCGGUGACAACAUGCCGAAAACAUCGCAGCCUAUGUCGACAAUUUGCUACUUUCUGCUGACAAAUCUUGUCCUGAGCUCCCUGAUAAUGAUCGUAACGAUUUUAAAUUUGAAUCUGUACCACAGAGACGACAACCUUGUAGUGCCAGAAUGGUUGGAGAACGUGGUACGUAUAUUAAAGUGCAAUCGACUACCCAGACGUACAAAAGUUGAAAACCUCAAGGAAGAUGAUGACGGGAACAAAAAAGAACAUCUGGAGAAUGUGGAUACAGUUAAAUGGGCAUUGCCAGCUUAUACGGAACGUAUAACAUGGCGUGAUGUUAGCAAAGCCGUGGACAUGGUAUUUGGUGGAGCUGCCAUAUUAUGGUUGUUGAUGACGACAUUGGCAUUUUUCAUAAUGGUAUCUACACAAAGAGUUCCUGGAGCAAAUAAAUGA